AUGUUCGAGUUGAGGAAGCUUUUAAUCUAUGUUCGGAAAGUAGAAUUCUUGUGCUUCCUUCUUAGUGGGUUUUACAGGCUGAAGAUUGGGUACGCCUCCGAUCAGAGUUUCGAACAGAUAACGACACUGAAUGUUGGGUUUUUGGUUUCCAAGAUAGACCAUGAUGUGAUGGCAGCAACUGGUGCAAUACUAAUACUAUUAUCAUUACUACCACUUUAUCACUUAUUUCUUUCUCAUGAGCACACUCCAUAUCCUUCCACCAAAUCCAGCAAGCAACCAGAUUCUCAGUUGUCUGAUUACAAAAACAAUAAAAGCCAAAGCCAUAUCGAUCCUACCAAGCCGUUCAAAACAUCCAUCACAACACUAAAAAUGAACCAUGUUGAGCACAUCACUUAUGACAUGGUCAUGAUCACUCUAUCCAUAUCUCUCAUCGUUCUUGGCAUCAUCCUCUUCCUUGCUUGCAAGAAGAAACCCGUUGAAUCUGAAGAAACACUUCCCGUUAAGCUGUGUGCUCGUGCAUACCCUUUGAUGGAAGUUGAUGCUGUCACCGAUGGCUUCAAUCAUAGGAGAAUCAUUGGCCAGGGUCGCUUAGGAACUGUGUAUGCAGGGACGCUAGAGAAAGAAGAGCUUGUAGCUGUUAAGAGGAUUCACCCCGUUCUUGUGUUGAGCAAUGCAGGGUUUGGUUUCUCAUCCGUGUUGAAAUGGCUGUCCUUGGCUCAACACCCCAACAUAGUUCCAAUCAUAGGUUUCUCAGAAGCACCGGGUGAAAGAGUUAUUUUGAUGGAGUUUGUGCACAUGGCAAGCUUGGACUUCUACUUGCAUCAAAACCAAGACGGGGCUUCGCUUUUGGAUUGGAACAAGAGGUUCAGGAUUGCAGCUGGAGCAGCUAGAGGGCUUCAAUACUUGCAUGAAGUGGUGGCACCAAACAUUAUACAUGGGUGUGUUAAGUCCUCUAAUAUUCUCAUUGAUGUCAACUUCUGUGCCAGGAUUUGUGAUUAUGGGCUUAACUUUUUGGCGCCUGUGGAAAAGAGAGGGCUAGUGGGGUAUGUGGAUGAUGAGUAUUGGAGUGAAAGGAGGGGUGGUGCAGCUACCAAGGAGAGUGAUGUUUAUGGGUUAGGGGUGGUCCUGUUGGAGCUUUUAACUGGGAAAGGGUGUGAGGGAGGAUUGUUGGUGAAGUGGGCAUUGCCUUUGAUCAAAGAAACAAGUUUUAGUGAACUUUUGGAUCCUAGGUUGGUGAUUCCUUCUGACAUGAAGCCUCUGGUUAGAUUAGCCAAAGUAGCCUCAGCAUGUGUAGGUAACUCACGGAAAUGUAGGCCUUCGGUGGCUCAAGUGGCAACCAUUUUGAACAAUUUAGAAACUGAAGUGUGCCUCUCAUCCCCCACGAUGAUGUAG